AUGUUCUCUUAUGAUGACCCCCAUCUUUUCAAGUAUUGUCAAGAUCAAAUAGUGCGCCGUUGUGUUCCAGAUUCAGAUCAACGGAGGAUUCUUGAGUUUUGCCAUUCGGAAGCCUGUGGAGGCCAUUUCUCUUCUAAGAAGACUUCUGCCAAGGUUGGGAGUGUAUCUCGGGGGGACGAAAUGCCAUUGACUAACAUUAUGGUGAUUGAGAUCUUUGACUGCUGGGGCAUAGACUUCAUGGGACCUUUCCCCGUUUCUUUCGGCAACUUAUACAUUUUAUUGGCGGUUGAUUACGUUUCGAAAUGGGUAGAAGCCAUCGCAACACGUACUAAUGAUGCCAAGUACGGUAUCACUCACAAGGUCUCCACUGCUUAUCAUCCUGAGACGAAUGGACAAGCUGAGUUGGCAAAUAGGGAAAUCAAGCACAUUUUGGAGAAAACAGUGAAUCCGAACCGGAAAGAUUGGAGUCUUCGUUUGACCGAUACACUUUGGGCUUAUCGCACAGCAUACAAGACCAUCUUGGGAGCUUCGCCAGCACACAGAAAGCUCCAACUCAACGAGCUUGAAGAAAUUCGGAGAGAUGCUUAUGAUAACACUUCCAUUUACAAAGCAAAAGUCAAGGCCUUCCACGACAAGCGAAUUCAUCGGAAAGAAUUUGAGGUUGGACAAAAGGUACUCCUAUACAAUUCUAAGCUUCAUUUGUUUCCUGGUAAAUUACGUUCUCGUUGGGCGGGCCCUUAUGUUGUAGAACAUGUUUAUCCUCAUGGUGCUGUUGAUGUGGUGAAUCCAUUGAAUAGUAAAUCUUUUAAAGUUAAUGGCCAAAAGCUUAAACCGUUUCUUGGUACUUUUGAGGUUGGAGAGCCGAAUGAGGAGUUAAUCGAUCCAGUUUACAGGGUUGAUUAG